AUGAUUCAACAACAACAAAUAGAUGAAAUCAGUGAAGUAGAGCAGACAUUUGAAAAUGCUUUUACUGUUGUUGAUGAUGAUGAUGAUCAUGUAUCAACUACAACAUCAACAUCAACAAUAGGAGGAGAAGAAAAGAAGAAAAAGAAAAAGAAAAAGAAUAAGAAGAAAAAGAAUAGUAGUUUUGUAGAACCUGGUGGUGAGGGAAUAGGUUAUGGUAAUGAAGACAACCACACCUACAACUAUGGUAAUGUUAUCAAUGUAAAAGGUGUUGAUACUUCCAAGCAUUGGACUGAAGCUACUCUUGGACAAUACCUAACCGAUGCAGGGUUUGUUAGAAGUUCAGACAAAUCUUCAAGUAACAAGGCAAAGAUAACACCAUUCUACAUUCAAUUUAUAAACAGGGUGACACAACACCCCGAACCAAUUGAAGGAUUUGGUCCUUUGCAUCUUAGUGGACAUGGUCAAACCGACUUUGACAAUGCAUUCAACUUGAUUGCUUCUGAAGAGAUUGGAUUAGUGAUUGAAAGUCGCCCACCCUCUUACUCUAUUAUGACUACAUUACUUGUCGUUGCAGCCUAUGUCGUUGGGUUUCCUGGUUAUGGUCAUGGUUCACACCUUCCAAACACGGUAAAGAAAACAUUGGUCAAGAUGAACCGAGAGAUUCCACGUAAUCUACCAGACCUUGCAAUCAAGAUUCAGUAUACUUGGAAUAGAUACUAUGGUCUACCCGAUCAACAAAGAACCAUCGUUUGGGACAAGGAAAAGAUGACUCACUACCUGCUCAACAACUCUGUCAGAAAGUUUAGUACAACCAAGUACCCACAAACAGAGGAACAUCUUGGUCAUAUCAGAAUGUUGUGUAUCAUGGUUAUGACUUUUGUUGUCAAGAAUACUUGUUGUCGUACCACCAAAAAACCACCAAUGAAAGAUAAAGAGCCCAUCGCAUCGAUCAUUGAAAAGAUGUGUCGUAUGGUCAUACCACAUAGCAAUACAAAGGAUAAAGAAUAUAAUAGUUGUGCCGACUGUCGUCGUUUAAAAUCUCCACCAGAUGAAGAUUGGGAGACAGACAUGAAGAUAUUUGCACUUUGUGCUUGUCUUUUGGCAUUUGAAACAGGUAUCUCCAACUAUAUCUAUCCUCCAUUGAUUGAACAUUUAAAAGAAGAGUUGUUGGAAAAUUUGGAGUAUCCAAUCUACGAAUCAGAUGCCAAUUCUCUCCUAUACCAACUUUUUGACCUCAUUAGCAAAAAUAAUGAUAACCCAAUCAUCCAAAAGAUCAGAAAUAAUAAAAAAAAAUAA